CACUGUGCGGCGGUGAACUUGCUGCACGGACAUCUCAGGAUUUGGUGGCAAGACUUUUUCGACAUCACAGAAAGUUGGAAAUUCUGGAAGACGUUGGAAAAGGCAACUCAAAGUGGAAUCAGGGUCUAAACAAUGCCUCGAGGAUCAGGUCAACAAACAAUAUAUUCCAACAGCCACUAUGUGUCGCAUAGCAAACUUCAAUCGCCGUUGACAAUUCAGUGGCUAAAUGAAAACUACGAAGUUUCUGAAGGAGUCAGUUUGCCUCGGAGCGCACUAUAUUCCCAUUACUUGGACUUUUGUGAAAAGAAUAACUUAGCUCCAGUUAAUGCAGCUAGUUUUGGCAAAAUAAUUCGCCAUACCUUUCCGAAUUUAAAGACCAGAAGGCUUGGAACACGUGGUCAGUCCAAGUAUCACUACUAUGGAAUCACCAUUAAAUCAACAUCUCCAUAUCAUGACACUGUCUGCAAUGCAGCAAGGCAAAGUAACACCGGUUUUAGCCAAUCAUACAGCAAAACGGACAUAGAUGAGAGAAGUCAGGGAAAUACAAUUCAUAAGAGCAAUCAUGGGACUAAUUCGUGUGUCACCGCGGCGCCAGGAGGGACGCUAUUGCCUGACUUCCCUAAGCCCAGCAAGUUGACCUUACCGGAGGACGUUCCCCAGGAGAAAGUCAAAACGUUUCUCAUCAUGUACCGUGCACACUGCCAAAGAAUUCUAGACACCAUCCUGAGAGCAAACUUUGGAGAGGUGCAGAAUUUCUUAGUUCACUUUUGGCAAGGUAUGCCAAGUCACAUGCUGGAAGUGCUCAGUUGCAGCGAAGUUGUAGACCUAAUUGGUCAGUGUGACACCAUCCUAUACAAAGCUAUCAGCGGAGUCUUAAUUCCCGGAACUCUUCAGCCUUUACCAGCAAGUUUGACUCAAGCAAUCCGUCAGUUUGCACAACAGCUGGACGAGUGGUUGACUGAAUCUCUGGCUCAUUUGCCAGAACCAUUACAGAACAAAAAAUUGGCAGUUGCUAAGAGUUUCUCCCACUCUCUAAGGAGGCAGACGUCUUUAACACAUCUUGCACAGGCUGCUCGAACAGUAUUGCACAGCGCAGAGCCUGUAUCCCAGAUGCUAAACGAUUGGAAGCAAAUUGACUUCGAAGGAAUAGCCCGUCAGGCCAUGUGGACCUUCAGCGAAUCGGCAAAGGACGAUUAUGAAUUAGUUUAUGAGCACUAUAAAGAGUUUACGCAGCUUCUCGAUCAGCAAGCAACCAUAGAUCAGUAUGCCGAAUGGGCGUCUAGCUUGGUUAACCGCUGUGUUAUGAAGCAAGUGGAGGAGACAGGAAAAACUUACAAGGAGUGCUCAAAAGAUUUCCUUCUCAAAUGGUCCUUUUUCAGCAUAAAAAUUGUGCGGGAACUGACAUUGCACAGCGCUCACAGCUUCGGCUCAUUUCACUUACUGCACAUGCUCCUAGAGGAUUACAUCCUUUACACGGUUGAAAACCACAACAAUGUGGAUGAACUUUCGGUCCAAUCCUCUGUUCGCGGUGCCAAGGAGACCAACGUUCUAGAAGAUUCUACGAGCGAAAGCAUGGAAAUUGAGGUCGUUGGGCCGAGGUCCACUGUUGCGAUGAAGACUGCUUGUCGAAGACAUUCAAGUUCUUCUUCAAUCGGUUCUCACAGAGGCUCCAGAGAAUUGCCUCCUCAAAGAAGUCCAGUACCGCCCGCUAUGAUGCGUUCUUCGUAUCACGACAUGUCACCCCAUCCCAUGAUGCCGAUGACGCCUACCACACCAACAAACAACAACAACAACAACAACAAUAUAGGGAAAUACCCCAUGAUGGCGGAACAGGGCCACUUCCUGUAUCCAUCGCCUGAAGCCUAUGGAGCAAGGUACGGUUAUGGGCCUAGCCAGGGUAGCUUGAUGCCCUCUAUGAGUCAUGGGAACAGCUUUGCCCCGACCGGCGGGAGUGACGGGGGAAUUGCCAUGGGAGACUUUGACAUGUCGACUAGUUAUGCGACAGAUGGAACUGCAUAUGCCGCUGGUCGGUCUAAAACCGGCAUGGCGGACUCCAACUACGCAGUUAUGAAUCCUUCAGCCAACAUGGCGGCCUAUGAUUACAGAGGGAUCUCUCCAAUGGACCAUAUGAAGCAUUAUUCUCAGUACCCUCUCUCGGAACGAAGCUAUCCUUCCAGUUACAUGUUUCCAACGACUGCAAUAACGACAAACGCCAUGUAUCCUCUGUCGGGAGUCAGGGGCAGCACCAAUGACAGGUUUUAUCCGGAUGUGCUCGAGGAGUUCGUGGACAUGCAGGCUGCAAUGCAUCAUGGGAUACCACCUCGAUCUGUGAGGUCGGAUUACCCUUACACGCCCGCAAUCCUGAGCAAUUAGAUAUUUUGGGUGGUGUUGAGGAAAAAAAAAACAGGCCAUUUCUGAAUGACCCUCGACCUCCUUUUCAAAACGAGGCGUGGUGCUCAACCAUUAUUGCGAGAAUGAGUUUAAUUUGCAUGUAAAUGAAAUAUCCGUUAAUUAACCAAGCGUGAGGUCAAGAUGGCUGGACAUUGGCC